UCUUUUCCUUCCUUCACGUGCUCUGCUGUCUGCUCGCUCUGCUCUGCUACACGUCCGUCUAUUCGUCGACACGCCAACUCCAGCUACCUCCUCUGCUCUCCUCGUCCCUCCAAAUUAUAUUCCUCUCCUUCUUCCUCACGCUCGCUCCAUUACCAGCUUUCCCUCCAUUCUUUCCUCCGCCGCCGCCCCGGAGAGGAGAGGCCGCCUUGCUCCAAUUCGACCCUUCCCAUCCCAUUCACUCCAACCAAUCCAUCGCCGGAUAUAAAACAAACAACAACUCCUUUGCCAUUCCAUCGGAUCAAUCCCGCACACCAUGAUGAAGCCCGACGAAGACGUCCAGGUCCUUGUCGAGCGCCCCCACUCCCACGACUACCAGCGCCCCCCGCCCAGGCCGCGCCCCCCUCCAAGGCCGACGCCGCCGCUCAGGGCGCGUCCCUACUACCGCCGCUGGUCGCCAUGGAUCGUCUCCGCCGCAGCCGUCGCCUGCGUCGUCGUCUUCCUCGUCACCAUGUACCUCAACGACUGCCCAAGACGCAGCGCCACCAACAACUGCACCGCCAGGUUCCUCGGACGCUUCGCCUUCCAGCCGCUCAAGGAGAACCCGCUCCUCGGCCCCUCAUCCGCCACGUUACUGAAGAUGGGAGCUCUAGAUGUGUCUAAGGUUGUGCAUGGUCGCCAAGGAUGGCGUCUGAUUACAUGUAUGUGGCUUCAUGCCGGAGUUGUUCAUUUACUCAUCAACAUGCUGUGCCUCCUAUUUAUUGGUAUACGGCUCGAACAAGAAUUUGGGUUUGUGAGGAUUGGUCUGGUUUAUCUCAUCUCUGGUUUUGGUGGGAGCUUGAUGUCUGCUCUCUUCAUACGAUCAAGCAUUUCUGUUGGUGCUUCCGGUGCUUUGUUUGGAUUGAUUGGGUCUAUGCUUUCUGAACUCAUAACAAAUUGGUCACUCUAUGCGAAUAAGGUGGCAGCAUUAUUAACGCUGGUAUUUGUUAUCGUGGUGAAUUUGGCUCUUGGGAUUCUUCCCAGAGUUGAUAACUUUGCCCACAUUGGGGGCCUUAUAUCCGGCUUCCUCCUUGGAUUUGUUUUCUUCAUCCGCCCACAAUUUGCUUGGCUCAACCAGAGAAGAGCAGCACCUGGGCAACAAACUGCCCCCGUGAAACGCAAGCACAAGACGUAUCAGUAUAUACUGUGGUUGGUUGCUGCUAUUCUGCUCAUUGUUGGGUUUACUGUGGCUAUUGUUCUGCUUUUCCGAGGAUACAAUACGAACGAGCACUGCUCUUGGUGUCACUAUCUCAGCUGUGUUCCUACAAAGAGAUGGAAAUGCAACUAGUCGCCAACAAUUUGCACAAUAAUUCAACGAGAGAACACCUUGAACUUGAUCUGUGAAGGCACAAGCAAAAACCAGACCUACAUCAUAGCUGAUGCUACGCAAGACAAGAUCAACGACCUCUGCAACCAGCUUUGCAGCUAGCUUAGCAGGAUCUGAUUCCAUCCCCAUCCCCAUUCCCCGCGAGUUUCCCCUGUAUGAUGCAUAUUCGUUAUUCUUUGUGUACAUGAAUAUAUAGAUGCAUCUUUACAGAGUGCAAGUACAGCAUUACCUCUCGAGAUUCGGGAAAGUGUUACAGAAUUGGAAUCUACGCUUUGCCA